UCUACCAUCUCAUAAUUCGAUUUUUGUAAAGAAGAAAAACCAGAGAUGGAGGUCUUCCAUGGUUGAUCUUGUUCGAACAUUCUAAACCGUGUCAAACCUCAGUCCUAUCAGUCACCUGCCGCGAGAGAAUAUUUGGGUAUUCUUUCACCACUACGUGUAGUACUCCUGCUGCUCCAAAGGGUACUUUUAAGGGUGUUGUUGUCAAGAAGAUUUGGGUAUUCUUAAGGCGAGCAAUCUUCAGAAUAAGAACAAAUCGUUGAAUUUGCGCUUCAAAAAUGCCGAGCGUAUUCCCCGACGGUGUUAUGGAUGAGAUUCUUUCAAGGUUACCGGUAAAGACGAUAUGUAGAUUCCGAUGCAUUUGCAAAGACUGGGAAAGUAAGUUCAAAGACCCUCAUUUUAUUAAAGAACAUCUUAACCAUAGCAAGAAAAGUGGGAAGUUUAAUUGUUUCUCAAUAUCAAAUUCAACUAAUUUUAAUUUGCUAUUAAGAGAAAGCACAUCAUCAUCAGCAUCUGAGGGUAGCUAUGUACACAUUGAUUCUCCAUUCAAAUCUCAAUUGGUUAAGUAUCCGUAUUUAGGGAUCGAACUCGUGGUUCUUACAAUGGUUUGAUUUUGCUGAGUUGCCUUAAAGAUAUGCACGCGUCUGUAGAUGAUUUGGAGGAGAGUCUUUGUCUUUGUAACCCAUCUACCAAAGAGUUCAAGGAAAUAUCAAUUCUAAGUGUCAAGUAUGGACCAGCUUAUGAUAAAAAAUUAAUCCGAAAAGAAGCCGCAGUUACAUACGGGCUUGGUUAUAAUUCCAAUACCGAUGAUUACAAGAUUGUGAAAGUUUAUCCAGUCUUUGCUAUUACUCCUUAUCCAGUCUACUAUGGUUCUGAAGUUCAGGUAUAUGCAUUGGGAUUGCAUUCGUGGAAAAUCUUACCCGACAUCGUUCCCUAUAAGCUAGAUGCUGAUUAUUGUAAAGCUGCAACAGUUAUUAAUGGAACUCCUCACUGGAUAGCAAGCCGAGAUCCAUCGAGUUCUGAUUUUAGUGGGUAUUCUAAAUGUAUUGUUUCUUUUGAUGUUGGAGGCGAUAAUUUCAGGGAAGUUCCAAUUAGUACACAAAUUGUUGAAGAGUUUAAUCAUCUUGAGAGUCAUAAUAGGGUCAAGACAUUGGGUGUUUUAGGAGGUUGCCUUUGUUUAAUAGUAUAUGAUCCUUAUCAUACUUUUGAAGUUUGGGUGAUGAAUGAUUACGAAAAGAGAGAAUCCUGGAAUAAAUUAUAUGUUGGGCAGAUCCCAGUUAAAGAUUUAAUGGAUGGUCACGGUCAGGUAAAUUAUUACGAUAGUAAGUUACUAUGGGAAUUCAAGAAUGGUGAAGUUUUAUUCGCUGUUCAGAGAAAUUAUUUAUACUAUACUAAUUUGGUUACAUAUGACCUGGUCCCGGUUCCCCAAAAAUCUAAAGUUUCCAAGAUCCGCGACUUUCUGGGACAAAAUUGCAGUGUAGAAACUUACCUGGAGAGUUUAGUAUCGCUUAACCCUAGGAUUCAUGAAGGGGAGCAAGAACAUCCUAAUAUAGGGGCACAUGCAUUUACCAAGUUAUCACUGAAAGGCAGAGAAGAAUCUAUCUGAUAGAAUCUGGCACAUGGACAAGUAAGGAAGUAAGGGACACAACUAAUCAUCCUAAGCUAUUCGUAAACAAACAGGGCAAGCAACCAAGCAAACAGACCCAUCCAACGAUUUCUAUUCUGAUGCGAUUUAAUCCCAGGUGUGUCGUCUAAUUUGCCACUGGGCAUUUUUAUUUUCUUAAACUAAAUGUAAGAUUCUCCUGGUCCAUUGGGCACUAACUACUUAACUAGGCAGCUCCAUGUUACCUGUGACCAUGAUAGGCACUGUCUUUUUAGUUUUUCGCUAUCCAAAUCUAAGUAGCAGGUUUGAUCGACAAGUAUAGUCGGCAGUGAUGCAGUUUCAUGUACAGAAUGAGCAUCUUUAUGAUCUACGAAACAAACCCUGAUUUUGCUGA